AAUAAAAAACAAGUCUAGCACAAAAUCACUUUUAAAAAAAAUCAAUAUAAAAGAUGAGUAAAAUGAAAUAAGCCUGCAAGCCAAAGGCUAGGAAAACAAAAUCCUUGCCUUUUGGGAUUAGAAUGGAAAAUAAUUUUGGUGUUUCCUUAAUUAUUUGGGGGAUAAACCAUCAACUCCCGCGAUCAGGUGACUGCCAAUUGAAAUCCGCGGAGCCCCGCCUGAAGCAGCCCGGAGCUGACCAUGACGGAAGCGAUUAUGAUUUUUUCCCCUAACCGAUGAGAUCAUACUCAACUUCAGCCCUUUUCACCCGCUUCACUCCCGAAGCCUUCUCCGCCAUCUUUUGCUAGGGUCGGCGGCUUCUGUACAACGGCUUUAAACCGGCGCCGUCACCGCGCUGCCGCUUUUGCUCUAACAGGGAGACCCUCACCUAAGAUGGCGUCGGUCGUUUCAGCGUCCGAAGGCGGUCCUCAAAUGGCGUCAGUUACGCUUGCGCGUUAGAGGGCGGCUGUCGGAGAGUGAGGGGGGGGAGGGCUGGUGAUUUCCAUUGUAUUAUUUGAGGAGAGAAAAGCCUUGAAAGUGUUCGCGGCUCUUUCGACGAGCGACGGGUCAUGGAGGCAGAUCCUGUGGAAGGGGACGGGUAUGGUAGCAGCCACCGCGAAGGAACCGGUGGGUCUUCCCCACCGCUGAGCGGACUCACCGCCUCUCAGCGGCGGGCCGAGAUCCGCCGACGAAAGCUCCUGAUGAACUCGGAGGAGCGGAUCAAUCGCAUCAUGGGCUUCAAUCGGCCAAAGGCGGAAGAUGAUACUCAUUCAGAAACUAAGCUUCAACUGGAACUGGAUAAACCAAUUUCCCUUCCUGCUCUUGUUUCCAAACGGAUUGUGCUUGGUGAUACAGUCUGCAACUUAUCAGGAACGGCUGACCACACAAGCAGUUUAGCAGAGCACAAAGGAGAAAAAAUAGACUUAUUUAGCAAAGCUCAUGAAGUUGGUAGUGAUGGCAGCAGUGACCUCCGGCAACGCAAUAGAGGGGAACUGUUGGACGUUCCACAGCGAGCACCACGCCAUGGAUUAGAUCAGUAUUUAUCAAGGUUUGAUGAAGCGAUGAAGCUUAGAAACCAGCUGAUGAAUGAGAAGCCAAGUCAAGAAAAUGGAAGCAUUGUGGAGGAAUUUGAUUCCUUUCACAUUUUUAGAUUGGUGGGCUGUGUACUCCUUGCUAUUGGCGUUAGAGCUUUUGUAUGCAAAUAUUUGUCAAUAUUUGCUCCAUUCCUUACUUUACAACUUGCAUAUAUGGGACUGUCGAAGUAUUUCCCUAAGAGUGAAAAGAAAACAAAAACUACAGUAUUAACUGCUGCUUUAUUGUCUGGGAUCCCUGCAGAAGUAAUUAGUCGUUCCAUGGACACUUACAGCAAAAUGGGAGAUGUCUUUACAGACCUUUGUGUUUAUUUCUUUACUUUCAUUUUCUGUCAUGAACUGCUUGUGUUUUUUGGCUCAGAAGUGCCAUGAUAAUAGCUGUGGGAUUCAAUACAUCAGCGGGACUAUUUUAGUCUUGAGUUCAUCCACAUCCCUCUGUAAAUAUACAAACAGGGUUAAAUGUUCAUUGUUCUUUAUUCUUUCUUAAUUCAUUACACUUUAAUCACAGCUAUGAAGGAAAAGCUGCAUUCCCAACGAUGAGGGUGAAUUAUUACAGGUUAGAUACAGUAUCAUAUGUGUGAUCUCAAACAUGGAAGACAGAGUAACAAUGUUUCAAAAGCAGGCCUUUCCUGCUAUUAAGGAAGACAUUAAUUUUCCCACUAUUGCAGAUGCCACCUUGUACUUUAAUAUUUCUCUUUGGACAUGAAACCCCAAGAUAACUAAGGUAUUGUGUGGUUGACUGAAUUACAUUUUAUGGCUUUGUUCCAGAAUACUUGUCUACAGAACUUAUAUUGAAGCUCAUGUUGAGCAAAAGGUGGGGAAAGCUAUUUUGGCCUGUUCCUCCAUUUCAUGUGCCCCUCAAAACACUGGGAUAAGUACCCUCUGCAAGAUCAUAUAAAGGGCACAGACAGUUGAAAGGGGUGCUUCUCUUCCUCUCAUCAGAAGCCGUUCUUAAAAAAUGACCUUUUCCACAAAUGGAAAGAGAUCUACUGUGGAUCAAUCCAGAAUGAUUUCUUAAGAUCAUUCCUCUGUGUUAAUAUUUGUCACUUCAAUAUACUAGUUCAUACUUUGAGCAAGUGGCAUAUGCUGAAAAAAUGCUGAUAAAAUUCAGAGGCUUCUGGUUUUAGUAAUGUAAUUAGACAGUCAAAUUAUUUUUUUGUUGUCUUCAUUACAAGUGGUAAUGUUCUGUUGAUAAUAUAGAAAGCUGAAGUUAAAAAUAGCAGUGCAUUGACAUUUGUGCACAUUCCCAUUUGAAUUGGAAUCUUUCUACUUUGUUUACAUGAAUUAUGAAUAUGCUGCAUUAAAUGGACACUGAAGAUUGAAAUACUGGUCUUUGGGUUAUUAGCCCUUUGAACAGUUAAGUGUCACCAGUUUUAUUCAUCUCUGACAUUUCAGUCAAUGUUAGAUUUUUUCUUUGUAUGACAAGUUAGGUUAAACUUUGGUAUCUUAUCCCAUAUAUUUUCUUUUCAAGAAUAUGUGCAUGUUUAGCAUCUUUACCUAAACCAAGGUACACUGCAGGGCAAGAAGGUGCAAAUUAGUAUUUUGCCCCAAUGUUAGUCAAGUGUUUAAUAUGCAUACUAUUUUAGAAAACAGGUAGCUGAAAAUAUGGUCUUUAUAUAGUAGAAUGCUAAUUUUAAAAUACAUAAAUUGGUUCUUAUAAACCCAUCUGAAAACAAAGUAUCAUCCACUGAAGUUAGCAAAUCCUGAUGUUCCUUUUUGAAAUGUUUUGUUUCUUGGCCUUCUCUAUAGUCAAGCCUUAACUCAGUUUUAAAAUUGGUACCCUUUUAUAGUUUUGUAAUUAUACAAGCAAUUUCCCAUGUUAUGUAGCCAAUCACAAUAGCUAUAAAUCAUAAAAUGUGGCAGACUUUAUUAGUUAAUCUUAAUUUGCAUUAGAUUUUAUGACCUUAUUAUGGUCUGAAGGAGAUGUCAUGUAUCUGCAAUCCUUUCUUAUGUUACAGUUCUUCCCUAUCUUCAUCUUGUCACUGUUAUGUAUAUGUAGCCCAUUCUCAGUAGCCGUAAGUGGAUCUAUCUUGCAAAGAUUUGGAAAUUAAUCGAAGACAGAAAUUAUACUAGUGGAACAUUUUCAUUAUUCUGAAAAAUGAGAUUACUUUUUUCUUAGAUUUUAAUUUUUGAAGUGUCUGCUGUCAAGUAGCUUGACUUAAACUGGAAAUAUCUUUUGCUUUGCCUACAAUUAUUACAGAUAAUUUAAUUUUACAGGCUAAAUUAAAACAUAACUGGGUUUUUAAAGACUUGAUAGAAAGUUAAAUUGAUUCUUCCUUUGUAAUGGACUCAUAAGUUUCCUUACAUUGUAAUUUCAGUGAUUGCAUUUACUGAACCAAAAUUUACCACUGCUCCUUGGAAUAGGUGUUUUGGAGACCAAGUCAUGGCUGAAAUACACAAAGAAAUGUGCAUAUUUUGGCAAUGCAGUUUCACUCGGUUUAAAAAACAAAUUUGACUCUUUACAACAUGAACUAUAAUGGAAACACCUUGAAAAAAGUCUAUUUUUAGGUUUUUGCACAUUUAAUUUUUCUAAAUUCCUAUAAUUCAUAUUUUUGAUGAUGGACCUUCAAAUAUUGAUAAAAUAGCAUAAAUCUAAGAUCUUGUUUGAUAUAUUUUUUACUUCAAAAAGCAAAUGUAGGUAUAGAAUUAUCAAUCCCAACUCUUGAUAUUUUGAUAGUAUCUUAGGCAUUUUUGUCCAAUGACUGCCAUGGUGAAUAUGGACAUUUCUGACAGUUAAAUCUUAUCUAAGUUCCAGGUACAGGAUAGACUGUUUUUGGAUAGUGAUUCUAGAAGAUGCAAAAAAAAGCACUCAUUCCAUAGAAGAUAAAACAGAUAAAAGUAGGAAAAUUAAUGACCAACACAUUAAGAUGGAGAACUGCAGGUUUUUCCCCAAAUGCCUGCUCUAUAAAAACAAAAUUUUGAUGUGUUAAAACCCACCACAACAAAACACUAUUCACCCAUCUAUACUUUUUUUAAAAAGUGGGGUGGGGGUAAGGGAGGGCGAUAGGAAACAUCAUAAACAAGAUUGAAGUUUAAAAAAAUCAAUACUGCAUUGAAAAAUGUUCAAAAUAUCUUCAAGUGUGGCCCCUUUCUAAGAAAAUUGCUAGUAUCACUAUAGUCAUAGGUUUUUUUGGCAUCCUUAUUUUAAUAUAUUUUACAUAUUUAAAUGCAAAUAGAAAAUAAAUGGGCAGAGAGCCUGGUGGUUUAAAAAUAAGUUUUCCAAGCACAAAGAAGGAGCAGCUCUCCUAUGCUGUCUAAAAGUAUGUAUAUGAUGAAAUAAUAAGCUGCUUUGUGUGUUACUUUUCAAUAAUUUGACUUCUCUGUAAAAAUCUGAUAUUGUUGUAAUUGUUGCAUUGAUUCUGUUAAAUGCAUUGAAGCUAUGUUACAAUUAUUUAUGCUUUGGCAUUACUUGAAUAUACAUUAAAAUGUCUGCAAUGAUCA